UGACCAGGCCCACCUGUGAAUGACUGCAAGGAGGAAGAGGAGGCUGACCAGAACCCGGACAUGUUUGACUUUGCUCUCUCCCGUUUUAGUAUAAAAGAAGCCUGAAUGCCAACGCAGGCAGCUGGUUCCUUGGGGUCAGGAGUCCACCAUCUUCUCGGUUUGCUGUCUCUCCAGGGCCCUUCCCCCAGAAACACCCCUCCCACUUGCAGCUUCUACUGGUCAGCCCUUUCCUCGGAGCCCCCGGCCCUGCCGGAGACCAGGUUCCGGCCCCACCUGCCAGGCCCGGGGCCGGCCGCCCCGCCCCCUCCCCCGCCCCCGCCCCCGCCCCCGCCCCGCCCCGCCCCACCCCGCCCCCGCCGCGGCCAGCUUCCAUACCCGGCCCCGCACGCCGCGCUCGCGCUCGCUGUCACCGGGGGCCCGUCGGUCGCGGCUCCUCCGUGCGGCCCGUUUCCGGUGGGGCAAGGGCGUCUCCGCGGCGGCCCGGCUCCCGCGCGUUCAGCACCGCCGUCGGUGGCCAGAUGCAGGCGGAGCUCGGAGCUCGGGGCGGCCGAGGACGCCGACCCGGCCGCGGCUGGCCUAGCGGGAAUGGCGACCGCGAGCGGGCCGGCGCCCCGGCGGCGGUGGCGAGAGGCGGCGGCGGCGGGGAUAGAGGCGGCCGCCGGGGCCGCGGCAGGGGCUCCUGGGGCAGCCGAGGAGGAGGAGGAGGAGGUCCGCGAGGCGGCCGCCGAGAGGCAGGAGGCAGGAGGCCGGGGCGCCGGGCCCAGUGCGCCGUAUAAAAGAAGCCUGAAUGCCAACGCAGGCAGCUGGUUCCUUGGGGUCAGGAGUCCACCAUCUUCUCGGUUUGCUGUCUCUCCAGGGCCCUUCCCCCAGAAACACCCCUCCCACUUGCAGCUUCUACUGGUCAGCCCUUUCCUCGGAGCCCCCGGCCCUGCCGGAGACCAGGUUCCGGCCCCACCUGCCAGGCCCCUGGCCGGCCGCCCCGCCCCCUCCCCCGUCCCCGCCCCCGCCCCGCCCCGCCCCGCCCCACCCCGCCCCCGCCGCGGCCAGCUUCCAUACCCGGCCCCGCACGCCGCGCUCGCGCUCGCUGUCACCGGGGGCCCGUCGGUCGCGGCUCCUCCGUGCGGCCCGUUUCCGGUGGGGCAAGGGCGUCUCCGCGGCGGCCCGGCUCCCGCGCGUUCAGCACCGCCGUCGGUGGCCAGAUGCAGGCGGAGCUCGGAGCUCGGGGCGGUCGAGGACGCCGACCCGGCCGCGGCUGGCCUAGCGGGAAUGGCGACCGCGAGCGGGCCGGCGCCCCGGCGGCGGUGGCGAGAGGCGGCGGCGGCGGGGAUAGAGGCGGCCGCCGGGGCCGCGGCAGGGGCUCCUGGGGCAGCCGAGGAGGAGGAGGAGGAGGUCCGCGAGGCGGCCGCCGAGAGGCAGGAGGCAGGAGGCCGGGGCGCCGGGCCCAGUGCGCCGACUUCACCUUGAAUCUCUCACUGCACUCAGCACAAUAGUGCAAUCUCCUGCUUACAGAGUUACAAUCGUCCUUCUGGGAAAUGAGCUAUUGAUACUUGAGAGCAAGGACUGUGGCUUUUUUCUUUUUCUUUUCUUUUUUUCUCAAUCUUCAAGACCAAGCACUGUACCUAACCACAGAGUAGAUAAUUAGAAGCAGUGAACAGUGUUAACUAUGUAUGAAUGUAAGAAAGGGACAGAAAGGAUUCGGAAAAAAAACACCUGUUUCGCCACACUGAUUGGAUGAUGGAUGUUUGAACCCUUCUCUGUAUUAUUUUCAUGUGGUUUCUAUAAUACAAAGUUUUUUUCAAAAACAAUA